AUGGCACAUUGUGCCCAGAUGAUUCCAGGAGCAGAAUCAUUAAGUUUUCAAUGUGUCAAAAGUGAAGUGUGUGAAAAAUAUUUGGAAUUGUUUAAGAAUAGACAUUCUCCAGUUACAGCGAAGUAUUCAUAUGAAGAUGAACUCCACCUCUUUGCAGAAAAUGAUCAAGAAUUAUCAGAAUUGCUUGCAAAUUGAGGCAACAAUCUGGACUAUGGUUAUGUUAUUAGGCUAUUCCAAGAGUAUUAUAAAAAUAUACUGGGCAGCUCCAAUGGAAAAAAAUGUUUGAAUGUUUAGCACAAGUAAUUGAAAGUUAUAACAUCUCAGGUAAUGGUAGAGCAGUAUUUCAGGAGUAUGAAUGUAUGAUGCACAAGCUG